CUACUAUACUACUCUAUCGCUCUAUCUCUCUUUCAUUUUACAAAUCAACAAGAACAUAUCAUCAUGCUGGGUCAAGCUAAGAAGAACAGGAAUAAAAAAGGAUUAGCCCUUGGUGCAGGUUCAUCUCCAAUCACAUCAGGAAACAAAUCAGAAAAAUCUCAUAGUAGAACAACUACUUCAUCUUCAAACAAAUCGAACUUAUUAUCAACAGAUUCAUCUUCAAUUUCAUCUAAUUCAACUACUUCACCUUUAUCUCGUCAAUCUCAUCAUGAACCCAAUAGUGGAAAUAGGAUGGAUUAUCAUAACAAAUUGUCCGAACAAUUAGCUACGCUUGAAAUCGGAUUAGAAUUCAAACUAGAUUUACAUGCGGAAGAUAUUCAACUCUUAGGUGAUAUUGGGGCUGGUAAUGGCGGUACAGUUUGUAAAGCAAUUCAUGUUCCAACCAAAUUGAUCAUGGCUCGUAAGCUUGUCCAUAUAGAUGCUAAACCUUCAGUAAGGCGACAAAUUCUUAGAGAACUCCAAAUCAUGCACGAUUGUCGAUCACCUUUUAUUAUAUCUUUCUAUGGUGCUUAUUUACAAGAUCCUCAUAUUUGUAUGUGUAUGGAACAUAUGGACAAAGGUUCAUUGGACAACAUUUAUAAAAAAUCCGGUCCUGUACCUGAGCCUAUCCUUGGAAAAAUCACGGUUGCUGUUGUUUCUGGUCUCAAUUACCUAUACGAUGCUCAUCGAAUCAUCCAUAGAGACGUCAAACCUUCAAAUGUACUUUUCAAUUCUCAAGGACAAAUCAAGAUUUGCGAUUUCGGUGUAUCUGGCGAACUGAUCAAUUCAAUUGCUGAUACAUUUGUCGGUACAAGUACUUAUAUGAGUCCCGAACGAAUUCAAGGCGCACAAUACACAGUUAAAUCAGAUGUAUGGUCAUUAGGUAUCACUUUGAUCGAAUUAGCCUUAGGAAGAUUUCCAUUCUCAGAAGAUGAUCCAUCAUCUUCAUCUUGUUCAGAUACAGAUGAAUUAACUUUAUCACCUGCUCGACCUGGAUCCCAACAAAUCCAACAAUCUUUAGAAUCAGCUAUUCAGAAACAUGAGAAUAAAGAAAAGAAGAAGAAAAAGAAACCGAAUGGGGUUAGUCUUGAAGGUGGUGGUGCUCAAAUGAGUAUCUUAGAACUUCUUCAACACGUAGUCAAUGAUCCAGCACCUAAAUUACCAUCGGAUCAUUUUUCAAAAUGGACUUGUGAUUUCUUAGAUGCAUGUUUAUUGAAAGAUCAUGAUUCCAGACCAACACCUAAAUUGUUAACUGAAUUUGAAUGGUUCUUAAAAGCUUCAGAGGAUGAUGUAGAUCUUGAAAAAUGGGCUAGUACAAUUUGAAAACCAAGACAAGGAAAAUAGCCAAUUGAAAACAGCAAAUAUGUCGAGGAGUUAGUUUGUCAAGGGUUAAGAUUUUUUGUUGGUUUGGUCGGUUGGGUUGUAACGUUUUGUUUAAGAGUGAUUGGUUGAUUGAAAUGGAAUGGAAUGGAAUUAAACUAGUAGUCGAAAUUGUAAGUUUCUUUUUUGGUGAUAUUUCUUUUUUCUUUCAAAGAGUAGUAUCAUGGGUAGUUAGCAAAGGUUUUCAAAGAGAUGGGUUAAAAUCAGUCGAAGAAGAAGAAGAAGAGGGAGUUUUAUAAAUCUCUACACACGUUCAUUUGUUUGUUUGUUUGUUUUCUCUCAAUUUUUUGUUUUGAUUUCACUUUUACAUUUUCUAAACUCAGAUUUAAAUCUUUUCUAUAAUCGAAAAAAAAACAGAUUCAAGAGAUUUAUUUUCUCAUUCAUUUCUAUUUUUCUUUUUUUUCCUCUUUCUGUUUCCUUUUUUUGUGUUAUUUUUUUUUCUCAAAUUUAAAUGAGUUUAUUAAAUUCUUUUGUAAUUAUAAUGCAGUUUUUUUGUUUUAUUGAAGGUUUUAGUGGAAAUUUAUGAUUUAAGGGGUUUGAAUACACAAGGUGGGAUUGAGAUUUUUUU